CUGUUAUUAGAGCAUUGUGACAUGCUUCAUAGUUGCAAUUCUGUGCACUUGCUUGCAUAAAUCAACACACAUUCUAUGUAAUUGCUAGAAAAACACAUAUGACUUCACAGGAGAGCAUAGUAGAGUAUUAUUUUUUUUAGAUUUGAGCAAAUUGCUGCAUUUGUGUGUGUGAAAAAGGCUGUGUGUGUGUGUGUGUGUGUGUGUGUGUGUGUUCAUCUUUAUUUUAGUGCUUUCACCGUCUCCUAAUGAAGGUAAUGAAAUUAGGGAGAUGCAGGUGAAAUGCAAAGCAAACUGUGCUGAAGGAAAUCAAAUGGAUGCAUUAUUAUUUUUUGUAUUACACAUAAAAAAAAAUAAAAAAAAAAAUUGUACCCAUUUGCAAAACUAUCGCUAUGACUGUUGUGCUUGCAUUGAGUAAAUUGGGAAUUUUAGCUUGUCUGCUCUGGGUUUGCAUGUCAGGAGUAAUUGCGCAAAUGUGCAUGAAUGGAAAGUGAACCUGUGACCUCUUCUCUGUCACUACCACAGUUGUUGUAGCAGGUGCCAGUAGCCGCAUUGAGAAAAAAAACCAAAGUGUCUCAACCAUCAGUUACAGCCCCAAACUUGAGCCUCGAUUGCUUGCUAUCUCAUUCCUGUCCCAUGUGUACUCUGGCGGGCAUCGAUAAUUUCCAGCACGUCCCCUUCACACAUGCACAGGCCCGCCAUUGUCAAGGUUGGCCUCGGUGACUGAAGCGCCAUUACCUCUCAAAUCUAAUCAGAUUCCCUUAAGUGGAUAACAAGCGUGUCUCCGGCAUUUACAGUAGUGAGAAAGCUGAAGUGAAAGCAGGACAAACUGUUGUCACACAAAGCAGAUGUGGUGUGUCGCAGUUCUGGCAUCCCUCCUGCUAUCCGUAGUGGAAAUAAAUGUUGAUUGGCUAACAACUGGCAUGUUGUUUGGCCUGGAGAAGACAGAUAAGAGCUCUCAGUCACAACUGACAAGUUGAGUAUUGUGAUGAGUCUGUUUUCAGUUAGGUGAAUGGGGGCAGAUAGUCUAGCUGACAAGGAGCAUUUAAUGCUGAGUUUUGGAGUCCUAUUCCAAUGUAGCUGAAAGUCCCUAUAUGGUUUAGCAGCGUUCUGCUGGUUGACAUUUAACCCAUAAAAACUUUCAUUGUUGGGCGAAGUCUGAAAAUGUAAUGCGUUACUCAAUUCCAGCAAUUCUUUGUGUGAAAAUGCAACUUUUGAGGGAUGAAAUGCCACAGUCUUCCUCUUUCCAACUAAUCAGCACACUUUUGUUGCUCAAGCUUAAUUUGCUCUGUUUAGACGUAGCUAACGGUGGCUAUAUAACAUGAGUUAACAUGAGUUAUAUAGCAAAAAACAUAUGUAGUUAUAGAAAUGCUGUUUUAAACAUGUCCAUGCCAAAUUAUAUGUAGGCCAGUAGAGAAUGGCGUGUGUUAUGAUGAUAGCAAUAAAUAGUUUGUGCUAAUGUCCUGUGACAUGGAGUUUUACCUGAUUUAAUCUCUGACUGUGCCUCACUCAUUAAUGCCAAACAAAUAAGCCAACAAAUAAGUGUUAUUUGGUUAGUUGGUGCUAUAUUGGUUCUAAAUUUGGUAGCUAGGCCAACAAUAUUUAUUUUGGCUAGGACCAGCUCUAAUAACGGCAUUUGUUCAUUUGGCAAGUGAGCGAAAUUACCUUGAUGUCAUUUCAAAAGCAUCCUACAUAUCCAAACAACAGAACUGAGUAGAGAAACGUAUACAUGUGUUUAUUAAUGGUGCUAGGCUACAUUGGUGGAUUUGGAACUUGGGCAUGUGUCGGCCUACGUGCACAGCUGAUCUGUAGAUUUUUACUGGCAUAUUUGACUUAAUUGACCUCUUAACUAAUCUGCCUGUAGCUAUAUUCUAAUGUUUAGCAUUCAUUUUGGGGUGUGGUAAUGUUGAAAUGGGGGCAGAGAUGGUGACGGGGGAUGAUAAAGUAAUUCUUUAAUAUGACAUUUCCCUUUACCAAUCAGUUAAGUGAGGUCACGUUGCAUAUUGUAGUAAAUCUGCUCGUAGUUCCACAGCAGCUGUCAUUUACUUCAAAUUGAUUUCCAGUUAAGGUCAUGGUAAAAAAAAAGUAUUCAUGUGGUUAUCGAAAAAACAAGUUCAGACAAGCCCAUCGAGCACGCUAUUUUGACCAGUGAAUGGAACAGUCUUAAGAGGAAGUUACAACGAAUCUGGGUGAAAGACACAGACAAGAUGACCAUCAACAAGUGACAAGACUAAUAUUAUAAUACCCUUGCUAACAGUACAUGUAUUAUCAUCCAGAACUCAUCUACAGGCCAUUAACUAAUAAAGCAAGUUUACAACAGUGAAGUUCUUUGUGAGCUCUAGACUAGACAUAUAAACUAGACGAUUUUAGAUCAGACAUUCCCAAAAAAAAACCAAAAAAAAAAAAAACCUCAACCUACAGUAAUAAGGACUUAAAAUAGCUUUAUUACAGUUAAUUGUUCUGAAAACUGAUAAAAUGAAACUGUUCUCUGCAUUGAACCCAGUGAAUGAAUGAAGAGGCUUGGUUAAAAAUGGCAUAAGAGGAGUUAUUUAAAACCCCCAUUGGGGAACAAGGGUCAAUUGUGCUGCCACAACCCCUGGAGCAGGCUGUGGAGGACUUUGUGAGCUGACCCCUGAUUGGUCAACUGGACAGAAAAGGGCGGUCCAAAUGAAUUAGUGAUUGACGCUAAAGGCAGAUAUCCUGCAGUGAUCAAACCCUGGGUGAUCUGAAGCUCCAGUGUUUGAAGUGAUUAUCAUGCUACGCAACAUAAAAGCUUACUCCCAGCUUUGGGCCUAAUUAGCUCACUUAGGGCCCUUUAUAAGACAUUGGUAGGGGACUGGAUGGCAUAGACACUCAGUGAGCAGCCAGCAGAUCAACAGGAUAACAGCAGCAGCAGCAGCAGCAGAAGACCUGGAUGCCUAAAGUUGACCUGCUGCGACACCAUAACAAACCAAUCUGAAGAUUAUCUGUUUUUCUGAGAAUGCCACACUUAACUGACUGCAGUUACUACACGAUGCGGGACGCGACCAGAGCUUCUAAUGUACACAGCCACCUGGAGAACUCCAAGUUCCACCUCCACCAGACCCAGAACCAGCAGGUCAAGCAGUACCUGACGCUGGGCUCCAAGCUGGCCUCGUCGGCCGGGCAGGGCCACGCCGUUCCACAUCCACACACCCCCGGCCAGCCGCUGGCCACCAUGCCGAUCAUGAGGAACGGACACAUGGCCUCAGUCAGCGACAGCAGCAACCCCAACAGCCCUGUUACCCUGCUCACUAUGGCCAACCAUGACAGUGAGUUUCCAAUGGAUGAAGUUAUUGAUGACCUAAUUAGUCUUGAAUCCGGUUUCAAUGAUGGAGGCUUGGAUUGCAUGGAGCCUAACAUCAUAAUGCAAAACAAUGUGUCCCUCAGUGGCAGCAUGCUGGACGUCUAUGGGGGUGAACAAGGUAUGAACGCCCCUAAUGGUGGAAUGAGUCCCACAUCUAACCCCACAAAGCUCACUGUAAAAAGGGAAUACACAGAACACGACACGAGAGUGAUCGCCAAAGAGAGGCAGAAAAAAGACAACCAUAAUUUGAUCGAACGGAGAAGAAGAUACAACAUCAACUACAGGAUUAAAGAGCUGGGGACGCUCAUACCAAAGUCGAAUGAUCCCGACAUGCGCUGGAACAAAGGCACCAUCCUGAAGGCCUCGGUGGAGUACAUAAGGUGGCUGCAGAAGGAGCAGCAGCACGCUCGGGAGCUGGAGAGCCGUCAGAAGAAGCUGGAGCAGGCGAACAGGAGGCUGCUGCUGAGGAUCCAGGAGCUUGAGAUCCAAGCACGGGCACACGGCCUCCCCAACAUGGCGACAGCCUUGGGGACAGUUGAACUGUCCUCCCAUCUCCUCAAACAACAACAACAACAACAACAACAGCAGCAGCAGCAACAGCAGCAACAGCAGCAGUCGUCCCCCCAGGCUCAGCAACCCCAGCAGCCACCUCUCUACCAGGAGGACCCCAACAGCGACUACCUCCAGAGGAUAGUGGUGUCCGGCGUGCCGUCCAUCCCCUCCGCCAGCGGGCCGCAGGAUCACAUCGCCGUCGCCGAUGGCUGCACCACGUUCUCCGACCCGCUGUCCCACUUCACAGACUUCUUCAGCGCCACGCUCAAGGAGGAGCACCGGCUGGACGAGAUCCUGAUGGACGACCCGCUCUCGCCCUUCGGCACCGACCCGCUCCUCUCGGCCGGCUCGCCUGGGGCCGCGUCCAAGGACAGCAGCCGCCGGAGCAGCUUCAGCUCUGCCGAGGGUGACGACCUAUAAGGGUCACGCGCGAACUCUCUUGUUAUCGCUUGGCUGUAAUCCCCAGUGGUAAAGGGCAUACACAGAGCCUUGAACAGACUGACUGAUGGCUCCGGGCAUACAAUCAUGACCACUCACAGGGUUGCAAUAAUUUAAAUGACAGCUAACACACCUGACAGUGCCCCUCGAAGUGCCACUUGUAUAUAAAAUGUGUAGUUCUUGUUGAACAGGUGUACGUUAUACUAUAGACAGUUGAUAUGUUUCUCUGCCUCCCGGACAGACGCAGAAACAGACUCACAAGAAAAAAGGGAGACAUUUAUCAGCCUUCACGUCAAUAAUGUAAAUGUCUACUGUUAUUAUUUUUGGUGAACACUGUGGUAGCUGUACACUGUAACAUAUGCAGAAUAAUCACUGAAAACUUACCAAAGCUGUCCUUGUUUUGAUUUUUUUUUUAUAAGAAAAUGAAAAUACUACUGCUUCACAAAAGGAUUUUUUUAGUAGUUACAGUCAGGAUUGUGAUUGUGUGAUGUGCCUUACUCAAUCUCCCAGUUUCAUCUUAAAAAGAAACUAUGAGCAUGUAACUUAUAUACUCACCACAAUGCCUAACAUGUCUUUGGUGCUUGUCUGUCUUUUUAAGUGUUUUUUGUUACAUAAGUGUUUGUGUAUUUAUAUAUGUUUUAAUCCAUGUAUUCAUAAAAAAGAUAUAUAUUAUUACCUAACAUGUUACCUUUUUUUAUUCUUAUAGAAGGGUUGGGAAAAAUAUAAUAAACCCCUUUUUUUUCAUA